AUGUCUCGCUACGCCGAAGCUCUUGCAAAUCCCCAGGACGCUGGCGACGCCCGCCCAACAGCACUCCAAAUUGUCAAAGAUGCGGAGAUGGAAGGCAAGCUUGUUGGCAAAUCUGCCGUAAUCACGGGUGUCUCGUCCGGCAUCGGCAUCGAAACAGUCCGAGCCAUCGCAGCAACCGGGGCAACCCUGUAUCUCACAGCGCGGGAUUUGACAAAAGCAAAAACCGCCCUAGGAGAUUUCUUCAACCCGGACCAGAUGGAACUUGUCCAAAUGGACCAGUCUUCCCUUGAGAGUGUACUCAACGCCACGAAGACCGUCCUCUCCAAGACCGACAAAGUAGUCCUCCUAAUCAACAACGCCGGUAUCCUGGCUGUGCCGGAACUCCGUCUGUCGACGGAUGGCUAUGAGCUGCAGUUCGCAACGAACUACCUUUCCCAUUUUCUGCUCUUCAAUCUACUCAAGCCGGCCAUGCUUGCCGCCACCACUCCUGAAUUCCAGUCUCGCGUGGUGAACGUGUCUUCUGAUUCACACAGACAUCAGGGUCUCAAUGCGUCCGAUAACUAUAGCUUCCAGAAAGGUGAAUUUGCCGUUACGUACAUGGCAAAUGAACUCGACCGUCGCUAUGGCUUUCGUGGACUGCAUGCAAACAGCGUUCACCCCGGCAUCAUCGCCACUGGUCUGGGGGCAUACCUUAGUACAGAGCAGGUUGAUCAGUUGCUCCAGAAUACGAAAUUCAACUCUCUAUGGAAGAGCUUGGAGCAGGGUGCUGCAACAACGGUGUGGGCCGCAGUUGGAAGGGAAUUGGAAGGUCAAGGCGGAAAAUACCUUGCCGAAUGUGCCGAGGCCAUACGUGGCCCUGAAGGCACUGAGGACUUUCCUGGGACGUUUGUCAAUCAUACAUAUAAGCCGGAGGAUGAGACCCGGCUUUGGAAGGAUUCGUUGGAGAUGGUUGGGUUGUCAUAUGGUGAGUGA